AUGAUGGCCAAGCAUCGGCUGCCGACCAUCUUCAGCGUCAAUCAGGGCCGUACGAUUGUCGCGGCGAUGGACGGCUGCGAGAUGUGCAUCGACGCGCUGCGCGAUUUCGUGGAGGAGCGGAUGCGGAAGCACGACGACCGUUUGAUCGUGGCGCUCUAUCACAACCGCACGUCGUGGCGAUCCGCGCUCCGCGUCCCCCGAGCAGGCAAGCCAGGCCCCUCCGAUGAAUUAUUCACAUUUAUAGACUCCAUAGAGGGCGGAGAGGACACGGACGGCAGCGGCCGCGGGCAGCCCACCUGUUCACUUUCGACAGACGGGGAAGACACGGACGGCAGCGACCGUGAGCUAACCAAUCAACCCCCUCUCCCUUCCCCUCUUCCCCUUACCAACCCCCUCUCUUCUCCCCCCUUUCGCCCCUUUGCAGACUCCAUAAAGGACGGGGAGGACACGGACGGCAGCGACCGCGAGCAGGCGCUCAAAGAGCUUAUGACGGCCACGGGCAGCGCGGGCGGCGGAGGGCACGGGCCGUCGGUGAGCAACGUGUCGACCAUCGGGACAGGCACGGCGGUGAUUGAUGAGGCCACGGCGCCCGUGCUGCUGAAACGACUCAAGUGGGAUGGGGACGCUAAACAAGCGCUCUCCCGCCUUGUGGGAGUGUCCAUUGAGAAAAAGGUGCGCUUCGAGGUGGCGCUACUGGAUUCCAAGUCUGUGGCCUCUGCAGUCGUCAAUUUCUGCGACAUGAUCUCAGCGGACGUGCUCGUGCUGGCCACGACACGUGGCAUCUCCAGGCACGAGCCAGCUCAGCAGAACACGAUCCAGAAGGUGCUGUCCAAGAUUGGCCACGUCAGCCACACUGAGCUGGCGCACCACUGCAGCAAGAACGCGCCGUGUGCCGUUGUGAUUAUAUCGGAGCAUGAGGAGGAGGACGAGGAGGAGGAUGGUUAG